CAAAUAUUAUUUACGAGAGCAAGAAAAUACUGGAUGAGUAUGAUGGAAGGCAAGACUUAAAAGUUUUCAGAAGCCAAGGUGCUUUCGAAUUUUUACAAUCAAUAAUUGAUGAGUAUAAUUUGGUAAGUGUUACUUAUAAGGAAGGAGAAGGGCUUAGUUCAAUCAAGGAAAUGUUAGAGAAAAUCGAAGAACAAAAAAUUAAAUAUAUUGGAAAAAUAAAAAAAGCAUCAGAUAUACCAAAUAUUGUUUUGCUGAGUUUAAGAGAUAGAGAGAAUGUCUAUCCAAAUGAUUUUUUGGUAAAAAAUGAGAUUAGAAGUGCAUCUAAACCAGCCGGUCUUCCAAAGAAACUUUAUGACAGAAAGGAUAAAAAAGUAAUAAAGUUUGAAGAAAUUGCUCUAAAUCAAUCAGCUGAUGCCGAAGGAAAGUAUGCCGAUCAGCAUAAAUUCGAGAAAGAAGCAGAAAAAAUCGCUACUCCAAUUGGUUGGGUUCGUUAUAAGGACAGAUAUAGUCAUGACGAUAGAUUAACUUUCCGCUUGCACGAAGCUUUAAGAGGAAUAAAAGAACGUCGGCGAGGGGUUCCUCUCGAUGGAAUAUAUUCAAUACUAGGUUUAUUGCCUUAUGGUAAUAAGGUGGAGCCUAAAUAUAAACCAAGAGGCAAGGAGGAUGCCGAAGAAGCCUUGAUUGAGGUCAUGAAGGCGGCAGUGAACUCAGGAUGUUGUGAACCGCUUGCUUGGUAUGGACCAAGUAGUAAAGAUGCUGGCAAAAGAGGAGUAAAUAUCGAGUGUGAGCCAACAAGCAUAUAUUUUGAUGAUACUAGUGCACUUGCAUUGCAUUCCAAAAGAUAUUACAUAGACAGCAAAACUGAAGACAUAAUGGGAAUUGGUGGAAAAUCUAUAUUGGGAGGAACUUAUUCAGGAACAAUUAUUAUAAAGGGGAAUGAUGACAUUAAAAAAAUUAAGAUUUGA